CAGAGCGCAGACACCAGAGGAGGCAUGGAGACCAGGACCAGGAGCAGGACCAGGACCAGGACCAGCAGCAGGCUUUCGUUCUGAACGUCCAGCGGAACCAGGUCAUCUUUCACAAACAUCUAUUUAUUUAUUCAUUUACUUUCUUUACUUUGAACUAUUUGGUGUAGAAAGAGAAAACGAUGCUGGUGAAGCUGAUGAUGAUGCUGGGGGUUACCGUGGUGAUGGCAGUGGUCCGGCUGAACGCAGCCAGGGUGAUGAGCGGUCAGACCGUGUGCCUGGGGGGUCCGUCCUGGCCCUGCUAUAAGAUCGCCUACUUCCAGGAUGUGUCCAGUCGCGUGGCAUUCAGGGAGGCGGCUCAGGCCUGUCAGAUGGACGGGGGGUCACUCCUCAGCAUCCAGAGUCCGGAGGAGCAGGACCACAUCCAGACCCUGCUGCAGGCGAUGCGUUCAGGAGCAGUGGGUGGAUCCACGACAGGAAGCGGAGGUGAAGGGGGAGGGAGGGGCAUAGCGGACGGUGACUUCUGGAUCGGUCUGACUCGAGUGGACGAUCAGAGUCAACAGGAAGUCAGCAACACGUUGACUUCCUGCCCGGAGCUGUACCAGUGGACGGACGGAAGCACUGCCUCCUUCAGGAACUGGUACUUUGACGAACCGUCCUGCGGCGGAGAGGCCUGCGUCGUCAUGUACCACCAGCCCACCGCACUUCCUGGUCUGGGCGGGGCUUAUCUCUACCAGUGGAACGACGACCGCUGCAACAUGAAGCACAACUUCAUCUGCAAAUAUGAGCCAGAGAACCAGACCAGAGGUAAUAAACCUGAAGGGAGAGACUCAGAGGAGACUGCAGGUGGAGGCGUGGUCACGCAGUCUACAGGAAGUGAGGAGGUUCCCCCUCAGGUCACCAUGGCCGGAGCUUCAGGCAUGCUGCUGCUCUAUGUGGUCAUACCCACCAUCCCCCUGCUGCUGCUCAUCCUGGUGGCUUCUGGGACAUGUUGUUUUCAGAUGCUCAGCAGAAGCAAGACGACCCCCCAUCCGUCCAACCUGUGGAUCUCCAGGACGCCAAAAGCCGACAUCACCAUGACACCACCGUGACAUCACCACCUUCACCUUCAUCCUCAUCCUCAUCCUCCUCAUCCUCAUUGCCUGCAGGGAUGUGUUUGAUUCACCAGUGACGUGACAUUAAUGAAUCUGUUGCUUCAGGAGGGACCAGAGUCACACAGAUGUCAAACAUGUGGCCCGUGGGCCAACAGCUGGCCACCAGAUGGUCCAACCUGGUCCACAGCAUGAAUUUUACACAAAAUCACACAGAAGACUGAAAUUUACCAAUGAAAAUAACUUCUGUGUCUAAUUUAUCCACCAUUUUAUCCAGAGAAAUGGACAGAACAAUACACAGGAGACAGACAUGAGCCCAGAUUACACUGACUACUCUCCCUCAUGUUCUCUCAUGUUCCUUCAUGUUCUUUUUUUGUUUUUUUUUUUUGUAUUAAAUGUAAAUGUUCUCCAUACUUCCUUGUUCCUCUUUUCUACUAAAACAAAUGGAAACCUCUGGAGUUGUCGUUACUUACAGGUUAUUGUUCUGUUGUGUUACUGGUCCGGCCCCUUGAGAUUAAACUGGACUGAAUGUGGCCCCUGGACUGAGAUGAGUCUGACCCCUCCUGGGCUAACAUGCUACCUGUUAGCAUGCUAGCAUCAACCUGCCAGCACCUGUGGC